UCAAUGAAUCAAGUAUGAACCCUAAGCCACUCUGUUGAAAGUUAAAGGGGGUUGGCCAGCUGCCUCAACUGAACCCACGUUUCCAAAAAAAUAUUCCCAAAAAACGUAAAUUAUAGUGAAUUGCGUAACUACGAAGCCCAUAUAUUUAUCGAAAUGCACGUGUCUUUUCUGUAAAAGCCAAACAACUCCAGCUCUCCUAUUCCUUCUCGACACUCCCGCCAUCUCACUCCCAUUUUCUCUCCGACAACCGCCGCCGCAUCACCGCCCAUCUCCGCCGGGAGAACACUUCGCUUCGUGCUUGGUUGUCUGCCUUCCGUAGUUGCCGGGAGUUUUAUAAAGUUGCCACUGCUGAAUUGAAGUUUCUGGAAUCUUUGAUUUACUAACAAUUGUGAGAGAGAAGGAAGAAUGGGGUAUAUUGGAAAUCAUGGUAUUGCAGCGCUACAUAAGCACAAGUAUAGCGGUGAGGAUCACUCAUAUGUGGCCAAAUAUAUCUUACAACCAUUUUGGACGCGUUUCGUGCUUCUUUUCCCUCUUUGGGUGCCUCCAAAUGUGAUAACACUUACAGGAUUCAUGUUCUUAGUAACUUCUGCAUUGCUUGGAUACAUAUAUUCACCUCGUCUGGAUACACCACCACCUAGAUGGGUUCAUUUCAUGCAUGGAUUACUGCUCUUUUUAUACCAGACCUUUGAUGCCGUGGAUGGGAAGCAAGCCAGACGUACCAAUUCUUCAAGCCCAUUGGGAGAGCUUUUUGAUCAUGGAUGUGAUGCUCUCGGUUGUGCACUUGAAGCCCUUGCUUUUGGGAGUACAGCUAUGUGUGGAAGGGCAACUUUCUUGUUUUGGGUGAUAGCAGCUGUUCCAUUUUAUGGUGCAACUUGGGAAAACUACUUCACGAAUAUUUUAAUUCUUCCAGUAGUCAACGGACCUACAGAAGGUCUCAUGCUGAUAUAUUUCUGCCACUUCUUCACAACUUUUGUAGGUGCUGAGUGGUGGGCUCAACAGUUUGGACUAUCAAUUCCCUUCUUGAGCUGGGUGCCCUUUUUAAAUGGGAUCCCAACAUACCAAGCUGCGUUGUACCUAAUGAUAGCUUCUGGUGUGAUUCCUACUGUUGCAUUUAACAUACAGAAUGUCUACGGCGUAGUUAAAGUGAAAAAAGGAAAUAUGCUGCUUGCAUUAGCUAUGCUUUACCCAUUCGUGGCACUCCUGGUCGGAGUUUUUCUUUGGGAUUAUUUGUCUCCAGCUGAUAUAAUGGGCAACUAUCCCCAUCUCGUGGUUGUGGGAACUGGACUUGCAUUUGGAUUCCUUGUGGGUAGGAUGAUUUUGUCUCACUUGUGCGAUGAGCCUAAGGGUCUUAAAACGAGCAUGUCUAUGUGUCUUUUGUAUCUACCUCUGGCCAUUGCAAAUGCUUUGACUGCUAAACUAAAUGGCGGAAUUCCUUUAGUUGACGAGCUCUUGGUGCUGCUCGGUUAUUGUGCAUUUACUGCUUGUGUGUAUUUGCACUUUGCAACAUCAGUAAUUCAUGAAAUCACAGCGGCAUUGGGAAUUUGCUGUUUCAGGAUUACUAAGAAAGAAGCAUAAGGAAUGUUAGAGUUCUUGGUGCUGCAGGUCAAUACAUUAAGACAGGCUAUUUAAAAUGUGUUGAAACAACUCUUUGCCCGUGGACUGGAAGAUUUCAGAAAUUCAACCAAGAUUGGAAGUUGUACUAAAUUAUGAUAUAAUAUUAUGCUAUCGAUCUGAUUUCACAGCCCUUGAGAAGGCCAAGUUAUAAAAUUAUUAUUGCUUAGUAAUCUUGAGCAGUAUGAUGUUUUUGGCCUUUUUACAGAAUCACAAGGGUGUCUUAAGUUUUCAUAUUCUGUAAUGUAUGAACUGAUACUGUAGAAAUUUAGCUUGCAAAAUGCAAUGCUUUUUUGAUCUAAAUGAAUUUUGCUGAAUAAUGAAUAAUUGUGAUUUCUGGGAUUUCUUCUA